AUGCUUCAGUCCAAAAGAAGAAAUAUACUUGAAGAAUCCAGACAUGGGUGGUUUCGAUCAUCUCUCAGAUCUUUUCAGCUUCUCUCAUGGCAAAAGUAGUAAGAAUCUCAAAAAAAACAGACAGCUACAGACAGUUGAGAUAAAGGUGAAGAUGGAUUGCGAAGGAUGCGAAAGAAAAGUUAGAAAAUCGGUGGAAAGCAUGAAGGGAGUGACCCAAGUUGAAGUGGACAGGAAGCUACAUAAGGUAACAGUUAUAGGGUAUGUGGCUCCGGAGAAGGUGUUGGAUCGGUUAAGGCAUCGAACUGGGAAGAUGGCAGAGUUAUGGCCUUAUGUUCCUUAUGAUGUUGUGGACCACCCUUAUGUGGCUGGUGUGUAUGAUAGAAAAGGGCCUCCAGGAUAUGUAAGUAAGAGUGCGUUUGAAGAUCCUAGAGCUUCAACACUAGCUCGAGCUACCUCUACUGAGGUCAAAUACACAACAGCUUUUAGCGACGAAAAUCCUAAUGCAUGUUCUCUCAUGUGAUUAGAUGUCACUUUUUAUAAUGCAUAUCAUGUUAGUUCUAUAUGGUGUGUUGUUUGUAAAGGUAAUUAGAAGUCUUUCUUAUAGAUAUAUAUAGAAGCCAUCUUAUUUUGUCUUA